AUGGCAUUUCUUUCUGGAAUUAAGAAGAAUCUCAACAGAGCAGGAACAACUUUGAAACAAAGAACAGGAGGUGGCGACAAGACAUUAGAUAAUGAAUUUGAGGAAGAGCUUGAAAGAUUCAAGUCACUCGAGAAGAAAUCUGAGAAGUUAUCAAAGCAUGCAAAAGAGUACAUUGAUUCAACCAGAGCUAUUAUUGCUUCGCAGUCUAGAUUAGUUCAAGUGAUGGAGAAACUAUAUGGCGAUGAUGCUUUCAACAACACUGCUUUAGCUGAGUACAAAAGAGCGAUUGAAGCUCUAGAGAAGGAAUCCAAGGAUAAUUUGGACCCUGCCUAUCAAAAAGCAGUAAUGGAGCCUCUUGCUCGAUUUGUAUCCUACUUUCCCGAGGUAAAUGAAGCAGUGAAGCGUCGCAACAAGAAAUUACUCGACUACGAUGCUCAACGAUCCAAAGUGAGAAAGUUGAUUGACAAACCUGUCGAGGAUCCUCAACGCUUACCAAGAGCCGAACAAGAGGCUAAUUUGGCUCGAGAAAUGUAUGAAAAUAUCAACACCAUUUUAAUCAAUGACUUGCCCAAGGUGGUUGAUUUACGAGUGCCUUAUUUGGAUCCCGUAUUUGAAGCCCUAGUCAAAUCACAGCUCAUCUUUUCUCAAACAGGUUAUGAAAAGUUGGAAGGCAUGAGAAACUAUAUACCUCCUGAAAAUGAAAAUGAUAGAAGAGUUGAUGAUGUUUUGCAGCAAAUGCGUGAAUUGACCAUCUGUGGUAACUUUUAA